AUGAUCAUGGACCCCUCGUCGAACCCUUCUCCUGCGCCUGAGUCCGCGACCAAUGCAUAUCCCGGAGAGUUCUGGGGCGGGAUACCUUCGCUGUAUACUUCGAACCAGCCCGAUGGACAGCCUUUUGGUAUAGGCUGGGACCACCCUGUUUUUCAGGCCCCUCAUUCCAACCCGCCAUCGAAACCCCAUCAGCCACAAGAUAUUUAUCCUCAAACGCAGCAGCAAUGGCAACAACCACCGUUGCAACCUCAGAUGGUGCAAGAGCCACAGCGGAAUUAUACCCUGCCAGCACAAUAUCAUAUCAACCAGUUUCAGCCACCGAAUCCUACUCCUACAUACGAGACUUCACAACAAAAUGCUCCUUAUCGCCAAUACACCUUCGAUCCCCAACCCUUUUAUGCAAACCCCCCUUCAGCCGCUAAGAGUGCGUUUAAUCAACAAUCCGCCGUUGAUCUACAUACAGCAAAUCAUCCAUCACGGCUGGUGCCCUCUCCCGUUCCAAGCCCCCUACCGUCAUAUGGAAGGCCAGUAUCACUGCAAAGCAAUUUGCAGAAUGACGCCAUUAACUUCGCGACUGGCUUCCAAGAACAUCACUCCGCUUCUACAUAUCACAACACCAUUGAUCCUCAGUUUCUUUCUGCACCCCAACAUUCAAUGAUCCAACCCGUCUCCUCGCAAUCCGAAUUUUUUGUCAUUAACCCCGCAGAUCUAGACAAUCACUCCACCUCUGACCAUUAUCAUGCGUACAAUACGGAGAUUGCUCCUCGCUUAAUCGGGCCGAGCCAAGCGCUUAGUACUGUGCAACCAAUUCCCCAAAUUACAACAACCGGGAAAAAGCCAACAAAAGCACGAACGAAAGCUGAUAAGCCGCCGGCAAAACGAAGAAAAAAGGAUGCGCCGGAGAAGGUUCAGGAUCGCGCAAAGGCUGCAGCCAAUAAAGCUGUAAUCAAACAAGGUCCACGACCACCUGAUGCCUCAGCUAGCUCCGAUAGCAGCGACGACUCUGACAGUUCUUCUGAUCUCGAAGUCGCCCCAGAGCCGUUUCCUCUCCCUCCUUUGCGCCCUCUGGAUGCCGAGGGUGGCAUCAAAUACGACACUUUAAAGGCAGUUUGGUCGCCGAGGAAUAAACAACCACCAAUAUCCACCAUAAGAAAUGCACUGAUGCUAUUUUCCGAUCUUAUCAAGGGGGUUCGGGAUAGUUGGAAAGCGAAAAGCGAAUCAUUAAAAGCAGCCGAGAAUCAAAACCAAGAGGAUAAGAUUCCCGGAAUGAAGAAGGAGGUCACAUUGCAACGGCGUCUGAUAGAUUUGAUUGUCACUACAGCGCUGGACGGUGGCCACCCUGCCAUCAUCCAAAGCUGGUACAAUUAA